AACUUCCUUAAAAGUGGGGGGGACUAGAUGCCACUCAACCUAAUGUUGACACACAGUUCUAAAACUUCCUUUCUGCAUAUCGCUUCUCUGUCAAAGCUGGUCUCACUGGAUGAGAUUAACAAUGUAGCAGAUUCCCUUGGAAGGCAAACAGGAUGAAGUCCCCAAGACUGCUAGAGACUGACAGUAAGUCUAUGUACUCUGUGAAUGGGGUCCUGCGAAGUCCCACCUCACCCAAAACCCUCUCUUUUGAGGAUGGCUUAUGGGGUAAUGUCAUUAAAGAAUGGGACGAUUGGCGAAAGAGAAAAGUGGGACAGAUCAAGCUGUUGUGUGACGCUCAGAAUGUUGAUGUGCGGCAGAACAGAAGUACUCAGAUCUACUGAAGAGCUCGUCUCCCUCU